AUGCGUAUUCCCGUAGACCCGAGCACCAGCAGGCGCUUCACACCCCCCUCCACGGCCUUCCCCUGCGGUAAAAUGGGCGAGAACAGCGGGGCGCUGGGGGCCGCCGCACCGGGAGCCAGGGCUCGACCCGAAGUCCGCUCCGUCGUGGAUGUACUGGCCGACCACGCCGGAGAACUGGUGCGAACCGACAGCCCUAACUUCUUGUGUUCGGUGCUGCCGUCCCACUGGAGGUGCAACAAGACGCUGCCGGUCGCCUUCAAGGUCGUAGCUCUGGGAGAUGUCCCCGAUGGGACGGUGGUGACGGUGAUGGCAGGGAACGACGAAAACUACUCGGCCGAGCUCCGCAACGCCUCCGCCGUGAUGAAAAACCAAGUAGCGAGAUUUAACGACCUCAGAUUUGUUGGGAGAAGCGGCAGGGGCAAAAGCUUCACCCUGACCAUCACCGUGUUCACCAACCCCACCCAAGUCGCUACCUAUCACCGAGCCAUCAAAGUGACCGUGGAUGGACCCCGGGAGCCACGGAGGCACAGACAAAAGCUAGAGGACCAAGCCAAGCCCUUCACCGACCGCUACGGGGAGCUGGAACGGCUGCGCCAGUCCAUGAGAGUCACCCCAACAACGCCCAACCCCCGCGGAUCCCUCAGCACCCCAAGCCACUUUGGGUCCCAGGCUCAGACUCCAAUACAAGGCACAUCAGACCUGAGCCCCUUCUCCGACCCCCGGCAGUUCGAGCGCUCCUUCCCCACGCUGCCGGCGCUGACUGAGACCAGGUUCUCCGACCCUCGGAUGCACUACCCCGGGGCCAUGUCCACUGCCUUCCCCUACACCGCCUCACCCUCCGCCACGGGCAUCGGCGGCCUCAGCAUGAGCAGCAUGCCAGCCACCACCCGCUUCCACCACACCUACCUGCCGCCCCCCUACCCCGGCUCCACGCAGAACCAAAGCGGACCCUUCCAGGCCAACCCUUCUCCCUACCACCUGUACUACGGCACCUCCUCGGGCUCCUACCAGUUCUCCAUGGUGGCAGGGGGCGAGCGCUCCCCCACCAGGAUGCUCUCCUCUUGCACCAGCGCCUCGGCAGGGAACAACCUCAUGAACGCCAACCUGGGCAGCCAGAGCGACGGAGUGGAUGCGGACGGCAGCCACAGCAACUCCCCCACGGCCAUGACCACCACUGGCAGGAUGGAUGAGUCGGUCUGGAGGCCCUACUAG